AUUUUUUUGGGGUGUUGUUUCGUUUCGCUAUCGUAGCUAGGAGAGAGACAAGCCAGAUAGCCAGCUACAAUGAAACGCCAUCACUUUACUAACAGGUAGGCUGUUAAAAAACAAGACUCACACAACUAUCGACAUAGCUACCGUUGUGCUUUGGAGGUUCUCAACUGUUGUUGUGGGAUAUGGCACUGAGCUCCGGCGGUUGGGGUAAAACGCCUGUGCCUGCCGCGUCCCAGGCUGUACAUGGCGGGCCCGCGCUGGCUAACUGCAACACCGUUUUGAUGUCGGUACGGGUGUCGGUUUGCCAUUCGGGUAUUCGACCGCUUUGCCUCCCUGGAGCUGGCGAUGAGGCUCUCCGUCUUCAACUUAGCAUGGACCCCAGCAAGGCUGGAGAGUUUCGGCUAGCACUGAGGGACAAUAGCGGAAGCGGCCGUAGUGUGGUAAGAGACACUGCUCUGUAACGUCUAGCUCUACUGUAUCUCCAUGCAAUAAAAUGCACACACAUUGGUCUGUUGGUUGGAGCAUUAUCCGUUUACAGAAAAUACAGUUGUCAUACUGAAUUGGAAUCUUGUUUAAUCAAAUACUACAGUAAUCCCAUUGGUGGGAAACGAUGCCUUGUGAUGAUUACAGUUUACUUAUCUGUUGUGUUUAUCUGUACAAGGGAAGACAAAAUGUUCUUUAUGGCAGAUUAUUCCAGCAUGUAAACAACUAAACAUCAAAGUUAGCACAUUGCCACUGGGGUUACAGUUUGUCCCUCUAUAAGGUCAAGUAAGUCCAUAUCCAUCAAGGCCACAAAGAUAAGAGAUCUAAGCAAAUUAUUCUCUAUUUAUUUAUUUCUCUCUCUCCCAGUUCAUUGCAGAGUUUGACCUGCGCUCUGUGCAGUAUGAGGUCAAGUCCCCACGCCUUCACGAGAUGCGCUUGGCCACGCCCCCUCACGACUGUGUCCGCUUCAACUUCCACUGCGACCGGGAGGCUGAACAGUGGGCCACCGUCGUGAUGUCAUCACUAAGAGAGGCACACAGAGGUCAGAGGGCAUGGCUGUCUUUUUCCUCUAUUCAUCUGCUUGUUUAGAUACAUUCCUGUCUUGUUGUGUAUUGGAAGAGUGUCCUCCUAGAACAUCACUAUGGCUAACACAAUAGACUGCUCUGACAUUUGACCAUUCUCUCUCUCCCUCACUGUAGUUGCUGCAAAUAGUUCCCCACAUCCUAUGGAUGACCGACAGCAGCACACAGCAGCAGAAGCUCUAGAACAGCGCAGCACUGCCUCCUUACCACUCACUGGUGAGUACCCUCACCACACGAUUCCCCCACUCUCUUUCUACCACAUUUGCAAGACUACAUAGGGUACAUUUUUCUUUAUGUAAGUAAGUGAACAUGUUCUCUCUCUGAAGAGGAGCUGUGCUUGGAGCUUGCCCGGGCGAUCGAGGCAGGUGACAGCCAGGCUGCUGCUCAGCAUGCGUCUGCUCUGGCUCGUCAGAAGGCAGUGCUCACUAUCCAACUGUCUGAGAAGAGUUACACAGAAGGAGAGAUAAGGUGAGAAGAAGUAACAGGCAGUAGCUUGGGAGUAGUCCAAAAGAACAAGGAGCAUUUGUGCUAAUGAAGUUUAAUGUCUGUAUUGCAGUUUGUCUGUGGCAGUGGAGGACAUCUCCUCUUCCUGUUGCGUAACAGUGAAAGUAUUUCCCCACAUGACCGUCGCAGCACUCAAGCAGCAGGUCAGAUGAACAUUUCUGUUGUCUCUGUUCGCUAGAAUACUUGGGCUACAUUCGCAAAUGAAACCAUCCACAAAUAUUUCUCUCCUCUGUCAUUGCUCUCUCAGGUGUUUUUGGAGUAUGGCUUUCACCCUCGCGUGCAGCGCUGGGUGAUUGGACAAUGCCUGUGCACAGAGCCUAGGUCCCUGGCCUCAUAUGGGAUCCAGAGGGAUGGGGAUACGGCCUACCUCUACCUGGUCUCAGCUCGCCAUGCCCGCCUCACCCGCCAGCUAUUCCAGCAGGACCAGGAGGGUGCCCACCACACCCCUCCCCCACCCCCCAGCAAUGGGCCUGUGUCCCAGGACUGGAGGGGCUACAGCACCCUGCCCUCCAGGCUCAGCCACAACACCCAGGGUAAGUUUACCUGCUGGCAGGCACUUACACGCAUGCACACAGCAGCGCACAUGCUCAUACAUGACUGAACUCCUUUUCCAUUGUUGUGAUUGGCUGUAGGGAGCAUUGGAACUGGGGCCGAGAGGUUGGGUAUGAGCGAGAUCCGAGACGCCCUCAACCUGGAGACGCUGCAGCUAAACGAUAAACCUGAUAAGCCCAGCAAAGCCAGUAAAACACAGGUACAAACCAAUGUUAAAAUGUGUGUUCGACUGUUUUACACAAGAUGAUCGAGUUGAGCACCUACUCUUCCUUUACUUGAUAGUUCCAUGUAGCUAGUAUACCACUGAACAUCACUGCUAGUGAUACACUAAUAGAAAGAGUCCUACUCUCACACACAUCCCCUCUGUCCUUCUGAUCUGCAGACAGAAUGGGCGUGUCCCUCCUGCACCUUCAUCAACAAGCCUACCCGACCAGGCUGUGAGAUCUGCAGUACAGCCAGACCUGACUCACGCAAGCAAAGCAGCAUACAACAGGUACUGUAUCUAUGGCAUGCCUACAGACAGAUGGCACACAUCCCACUUUACACAUCACCUGAAUUCUCCCUUUAGUAAACUACAAUAUUUUCUUUAUUCUCUGUCUUUGUGUUAAAGGAGAAAGGAAGAAGAGAGGAGCAGGGGGAGAUCGGUGCAUUGAGCAGUUGACUGCCUCAACCGUAACCUAUACCAGAGCCUGGAAGACUGAUCACUCACACACCAACUUACAGGUAUAAACCCACCACCACUACUGGCAUAUUAUGAUGACAAACCUUCUCACAGCCUGACAGAGACUAGAGUUAUAUGGACGCUGUUUUGACGCUGCAGCACAGACAUGGAACUCCACUUGCAGAGGCUCACAAAAGGAACUACCUGUAUAGUCAAUGAGAGCUGGCUUUUGACUCUCCUCUGUGGACAUGAGUCAGCAACCUUUGCCUUGUGGCAGACUUAUUAUUAUUUAUUUUACAUAGGGGAUGGGGGAGUGGACUAGUCCAAUAUUUAUUUCAGAGGGGUGGGUGGGUGGGACUUCCCUCAUCCCUCUACCUGAUAUAUCUCAGAUGAGAGAAUAUUGUAUAUUUUGAAGUUGGCCAACUGUGAAAGUUGAUACUUUGAAAGCUGGAAAAUGCUGUUUUAAAACCUGUGCCUGUAUUCACAAACAGUCUGAGUAGGAGUGCUGG